ACCGUACAGACAGCGCCUGUAGUCAGGAUCAAACCCGGAUCCUUGUCGCUGUCAGGCUGCAACUCUACCACUACACCGCCAUUCCGCCCAAUAAUGUACAACUUCUUGUGCAACUGUAACAUAACAUUGUAACUUCCAUGUUUAAGAAGGAACUGCAGAUGCUGGAAAAUCGAAGGUAGACAAAAAUGCUGGAGAAACUCAGCGGGUGAGGCAGCUUCUAUGGAGCGAAGGAAAUUGGCAACGUUUCGGGUCGAAACCCUUCUUCAGACUGAUUAAUGCUCAAUUUAUGUAUAUGCCAAUAAUAACUGAUAUUUCUCUUGCUUGCAGGUAAAAAUACAGAGAAAUGACCAACAGCACAGUUGCUCCCAACAGCACGAGCUGCCAUAAUUUGCGUGACCUCACUGUGAUCAGAGCGAUCAUAUCCAUCUUGUACUGCUUUGUCUUCCUUGGAGGGUUUGUGCUGAACAUAAUGGCUGCUUGGAUCUUCUACAAGAUUCCUAACCGCUCCAGCUUUACAAUUUACCUCAAGAACAUCGUGGCAGCUGACCUGUUGCUGGUGGUUACGCUUCCAUUUAAAAUCCUUUCCGAAUCCAACCUUGGAUCCUGGCAGCUGAAAGCCUUUGUGUGUCGCUACUCUGCCGUAAUAUUCUACAGCAGCAUGUACCUCAGCAUAAUAUUCCUCGGCCUGAUCAGCCUUGACCGCUACCUGAAGAUCGUGCAGCCUCGCAAAAGCCUCAGUGUGCAGAAAGUCCAGUUCGCCAAGGUCGUCAGUGUGAGCUGUUGGGUUUACAUCAUCAGCUUCGCCCUGCCAAAUAUCAUUUUAACCAACAAGGACCCCACAGAGAAAACUGCAGCACAUUGCCUGAAGUUGAAGAGCAAGGUGGGAGAGACUUGGCAUCGCAUUGUAGUUAUCAAUUGCAAAGUUAUUUUCUGGAUCAGUUUUGCUCUCCUCACUUUGUGCUACUUAGCCAUCCUGAAGAAACUGUACUGGUCCAACCAAAAAUUCCAGAACGAUUCCGGCACGGUGAUCAAGAAAGCUAAUCGCAACAUUUUCAGCAUCUUGGCCGUCUUCUUCAUCUGCUUUGUGCCCUACCAUGUUAUCCGGAUCCCAUACGAGAAUAUCCGGUCAGCAGAGAGCGGCUGUACAACACACAACCGCCUGUACUACACCAAGGAGGCCACGUUGCUUCUGUGCGCAUUUAACGUUUGCCUUGAUCCCAUCAUCUACUUUCUUCUGUGCAAGUCCUUCACCAGAGUGCUGCAUCAGAAGAUGGGCAGGCAGAGACAACAGGACCCAGAAAAUCGUAAGACAGACAUAAGAAACAUGGACACUCAUUAAAUACUAUUUACGAGAAUAACCAGUCAACGGAGAGCAAAUGUGCCAGGCAAAACAAUCUGCUCAUAGCAAAGGAGACACUGUUGCUUUUGUGUUCGUUUAAUGCUUGUCUCGAUAAUAUAAGAAACAUGGACACUCAUUAAAUACUAUUCCAACAACAAGUUUAGAAAAUAGGAAAAUUGACGCAGGACUAGGCCAUUCGGACCUUCGACCCAGC